GACAACAUCCAUCGAACUCCAGGGAAAAGUUCACUGGUUAGACGGCCUCGCAACUUCAAGAAAAUGGAAGCUCUGUUGUCAUCGACCUCCGCCGCAGGCAGCCGUCACAUUGUGGCGAUGCCAUAUCCAGGCCGAGGGCACAUCAACCCCGUGAUGAACCUGUGCAAGAUCCUGUCCUCCAGAGUCCCGGACAUCACCAUCACCUUUGUCGUGACCGAGGAGUGGCUCGGCUUGAUUGGUUCCGAGUCCAGGCCUGCCAACAUAUCCUUGGCUGCCAUCCCCAACGUGCUCCCCUCGGAGCUGGUCCGGGCUCAGCACUACGAUGAAUUCAUCGAUGCUGUUUUCGCCAAGAUGGGAGGUCCGUUCGAGGAGCUGCUGGAUCAGCUACGGCCCCUGCCAACUGUCAUCGUGGCUGACGCUUUCUUAAGCUGGGCCCUCCGCGCGGGGAACCGCAGAAACAUUCCCGUGGCGUUGUUCUGUCCGUCGGCAGCCUGGGAUUUUUCUUUGUUCUAUCACUUCCAUCUUCUUGAACAACACGGUCACUUCCCGGUUGAUUUGUCUGAAAAAGGGGAUGAGCAGGUCGAUUACAUCCCUGGACUUCCUCCAACACGCUUAGCAGACUUGAUCAGCUCCGGGACGAUUGAUUUAUUUCUACAACAUGUCCUUGAUGCAUUUAGCAUCGUCCAUGAGGCCAAGUAUCUCUUGCUCGCAACUGUGUAUGAGGUGGAACAUCUGGCUGUCAAUUCUCUUAAAGCUAGCUUGUCUUUUCCGGUCUACACUAUAGGUCCGACCAUCCAUUUCUCUCGACUAGCAGAUGACUCUUUCUUGAACGAUUUCGAUUACCUAAAGUGGUUGGACUGUCAGCCGAGUGAUUCUGUCCUAUAUAUCUCCCUCGGAAGCUUUCUCUCGGUCUCCAGCUCUAAGAUGGAUGAGAUCGCAGGGUGUUUGCGCAACAGCGGCAUUCGUUUCAUGUGGGUGGCGCGCGAGGAAGCUUCAAGGUUGAGAGGGUUGUGUGGCAAUAGGGGAAUAGUCAUGCCAUGGUGCGACCAGUUGAGGGUGCUGUCACAUUCAUCGGUUGGUGGGUUUUGGACGCAUUGCGGAUGGAAUUCAAUUGGGGAAGCUAUUUUUGCCGGAGUUCCUCUGCUUGCAUAUCCUAUCACUAUGGAUCAAGGUGGUAAUGCAACACUAGUCGUCGAGGACUGGAAGGUCGGAUGGAGGGUGGGUAGGGAGAUCACUGGGCUCUUGCGUAAGUUCAUGGAUUUGGAGGAUGAUGAAAGCAAGAGGUCAGGAGACAGGCUAAGCAUCUCCAGGAGGUAUGUCGGCGAGCAAUCGGAAAAGAUGGAUCGACUGAGACUAACAUCAAUUCUUUUAUCAGGGACAUUACCCAUUUCCAAUGACAGUUCGGAAAGUUGAAUGUAUGAGUUGAUCGGUGAUGUUUCUGCAUUUAAACUUGACUCAGAGGUCAUUGUAUGGCAAAGAGUAGGAGGAACCGCGCAAUGAAAUAUUUAAUUCUCUUCCGGUAAACUGAGUAAUACUUAAUUGGUAGGUGAGAUUUUCUGGACAGACGAUCGGUACUUCACACACAGCAGACCAACCUAUAGACAACACGCCAGUCACUUGAAUGGAAUGUCUAGCUAACUGAAAAAGUUUCAGGUGGUGGUCUGGGGACAAUUGCGGCCUGUCGACACCGAAGUCAUUGAUGGGUCAAAAUGUUCUUUUGGAAUGAAAAUGCAUUUGAAUACUCCGCGUGUUGAUAGGCAUUAGCAACUCAUGUAUUAUGGUUCACUACACUUGGUAUCUACUUUCACAGAUAACAUCUCGUCACCGUUCUUUUCUGCAGUGAUAAGUUGAUAUUAGGGAU